GCUUGAUCAGUGGAUCAGUUGGGGAGCUGUUGAUUAAGGCAGCAAAAGGAUUAAUUCUCCACACAUCUAGAGGCGCUCCAGGCCUUAGGGUUUUCUCGUUGUUUUAGCAACAAUGGGAAGCAUUUGCGGCAACAAUGCAGACUGGCUUAUGCAUGAUGAAGACUGGCAAUCCUUUGACACCGAACUCAAAGAGAGAACGAUACGAGUCAUCGACAGCUUGAGCAGUAGUGGAGCUAUUUCAACUGAAUAUUUGAACUAUGUCGUGCUGUAUGUGAGGGACUGGAACCAGAAGGCUGGGGAAUUAAUCUUGGUACUGCAAAGGGAUAUCGAAGGCGAGGGCAGGAAAGGGAGGAAGGGCAACCAGAGUCAGAGAAGGAAGAAGAAAAACAGCAGAUUUCAGAACGUUAUGGAUGAGUUCGAAGACAACAGCGGAGUGAUGCUGGAUUUAUUAUCUGAAUUGGACAAGUUUGUAACUUCAGCUAACAAAAGCCAUUCGUCUAUUGAAACUGUGGUUCGAGGACACUUUGAUAAACAGGAAAAACUUACUCCUGAUCACUACAAGAAGAUUGCUGAGAAACUGAAGAAUCUCAAGGCCGGUACCGAUAACCCCCAUUCGGCCCAAAGCCUACUCCAGAAGGUUGAACGUUUGAUCAAUAUGCAUAAACAAUUGCUUGAGAAGUUGAAAGUCGAGAAAUUGAAGCUUGCCAAGAAGCAGCAGACUGCUGGUACUUGGAAGAAGGUUGUAAACAUGUUAUAUAUCGCUAGUGGGGCAGCGAUAUUACUCUGCACGGUGGCGACCACAAUUUUAGCUUCUCCUGGUGUUUUAGCAACAGUAGCAAUAUCAACAGCUCUGGCUGCUGCUGCUGGGGGGGUAAUUGCAGGACAGCAAUGGACCGCCUCUUUUGUUACACAAUAUCAAGCUCAUUUAAAGGCUGAGGAGAACCUAGUUGACGCAAUGCAUAAAAACACCAGGGCUACCCGUAAAGGGUUGGGCAACAUUAAGCAUCUCAUUGAUAUGGUUGUCAAUGAGAUUGAUUCACUCUUGGGCCAACCAGACUUUGCAAUUGCUGAGGAACAAAUAAAUGUCACAAUGAAGGAUAUUCAGAAGAAGUUGGAGCCAUUUAAGAAGAAAAUUGAGGGUUUGAAAGGCGAAGUCGACAAGUGUAGAACCGAACUAAUGAAGACAAGGGAUGAUGUUGUAAAGGCUGGAUCAGCUCUGCUAUAAGAACAUAAUAUUUCCUUAUGUGAUUUGAAUUAGUAUUUGCUUGUAAAAUAUUCUUCAGUUUGAGAAUAAAUAUUUGCAUUGAAUUCCUUAUCCA